UUUAAUAUCUUUGCUCGUUUCCCACAAUGAACGAACACUCACUUCUACUACUGAGCUCACCCUUCACUUUGGUCCACUACACAGCCAUUUCAAAGUGGUACAUACAUGGCUCUACAAGCUGCUGCUUUGGUUCCAGCUACUUUCUCUGUACCAAAAGAGGGAAAGUCUGGUGCUUCUUUCAAGGAUUCAUCUCUCUUUGGAGUGUCACUUUCUGAUCACAUCAAAGCUGACUUCACCUCUUCUGCUUUAAGAUGCAAGAGGGAAUUCAACCAUAGAACUGGGGCUGUUAGAGCCCAAACAACAGCCACUGCAACACCAGCAAUCACCAGAUCUACAGUGGAUGGAAAGAAAACACUAAGAAAGGGUAGUGUGAUCAUCACUGGUGCCUCCUCUGGAUUGGGUUUAGCCACUGCAAAGGCCUUGGCUGAAACUGGGAAAUGGCAUGUUAUAAUGGCUUGCAGGGACUUUCUCAAGGCUGAGAGAGCUGCUAAGUCUGCCGGAAUGUCAAAAGAAAACUACACCAUUAUGCAUUUAGACCUUGCCUCCCUCGACAGUGUCCGACAAUUCGUCGAUAGCUACAAGCGAUCAGGCCGACCUCUUGAUGUACUUGUUUGCAAUGCUGCUGUUUAUCAACCAACUGCCAAGGAACCCACUUUCACUGCUGAAGGAUUUGAACUUAGUGUGGGGACUAAUCACCUCGGUCACUUCCUUCUUUCGCGGUUAUUGCUCGAUGAUUUGAAACAAUCCGAUUAUCCAUCGAAACGCCUCAUCAUCGUCGGUUCCAUAACAGGAAACACAAAUACAUUGGCCGGUAAUGUACCUCCGAAGGCAAACCUUGGGGAUCUAAGAGGACUUGCAGGUGGACUAAAUGGACUGAACAGCUCUGCCAUGAUUGAUGGUGGAGAUUUUGAUGGUGCCAAAGCAUACAAGGACAGCAAAGUCUGCAAUAUGCUCACUAUGCAAGAAUUCCAUAGGCGUUUCCAUGAGGAAACUGGCAUUACAUUCGCUUCAUUGUACCCUGGUUGCAUAGCUACCACCGGCUUGUUCAGGGAGCACAUUCCUUUGUUCAGGCUCCUCUUCCCUCCAUUCCAGAAGUACAUCACCAAGGGGUUCGUUUCCGAAGAGGAAGCCGGUAAAAGACUCGCUCAGGUCGUGAGCGAUCCUAGCUUGACGAAAUCCGGUGUUUACUGGAGCUGGAACAAGGAUUCGGCUUCAUUCGAGAACCAGUUAUCUCAAGAAGCUAGUGAUCAAGAUAAAGCACGCAAAAUAUGGGAGCUUAGUGAGAAACUCGUUGGCUUGGCCUAAAUUUAGAGCCUUGAAUGCUUUGCGGCAGAGCUUUGAUAAUGGCUUAAGGGUCUUAUCUGAUCCCAUUGAUGAGUGUAGAUGACUUUGUGAGUUGCAGUUUGACAAUAAAAAAUUACUUAACCCGAUUUGCAAGAA